AAUUUGAAAAGGUGAUUUGAGAAAUUAAUUUUGUAGAUUUCAGAUGAGUCUAUAGGGUUAAGUAUAGGAGUCCCAGUAGUGAACCAAAGAAGUGAUAUUAAUCAGCCUCCUGAAUACAUCUCAUACACAGGCCUCAACUUCAACGAAUUCAUGAAAAUGAACCUGAAUGCUCCAGAAAGCGUGCGUACUAAGCAUACAGCAGACAUUCUUGAGAACUGAGACUUGUUUAAACCCCAGCCUGAGUCGAAUGUAGAGAAAAUCCUGAGAAAGGCGAAUAAGAGAUCGUCAGAUGCUUUACAGCAGGAUGUUCAUGAAAAGCACUGGAAAGUACAGGGGUUUUAUGGUAGAUUACUGCUAAGGAUAACCCUCAAAUUUUUAAAGCUCUUCUAUUGGAUCAUGAUGGCCCUGGAGAGGAUCAAAGAAUCUGACAUAGGCUUGUUCAAAUAUCCUCCAAAGUUGCCUGAACCAAUGGUUUUGACCCUUGCUAAGAAGAAACUCCGAACUCUGAAGAAGCUGAUGAAAUAUUCUGAGGAAAUCGAGAGUAUCAAACGAGAAAAUACCAUAUUAGGGUACUAUAGGUAUCUGUUACCCUGGCUUAAAUUGAACUCUUUGCUUACUAAUCUUGUGUUUGAUAUCCUAGCUGGAGUAUGUUUCUGAGCCCUCAUACUUUAUUUAACAGGUGAUCGGUCCUCCAACUCCAACUCGCAGGCAGAAAGCUUUAUACAGUUUAUCUCAAAUAAUUUCUUAUUCUGGGUUGAGAUCAAUAAGCUAGAGAAACAAGUCAAAUAUACAAUGAUGUUCUUUGGGAAUUUCAAGCCAUUCCCACUUCUGGAUCAAAUCUUAGGAGAGGUUUUGAUAAACUUGCUACAUCUCUGGAAUUUCAUCAUACAUUUUGGGUCUGAAUAUAACACAACUUUCCUUGCAUUUAUAUUUGCUCCUAUCGGUUUGUUAGGUGCUUCCUUCCAAGUAGCCCUGGCUCAUGAUCUAUUUGCACUGCUAACAAGUCAUAUUCAUACAAUGUAUUCCUUCUUUGCAUUUGUGUAUAAGACCACUCUUCAUGUGCUUCAGAAUUUAUUCUACAUGAGCAGAGGAAGGAAAUUCAAUAUUCUUAAAGGAAAGGUAGAUGAAGCUGAUUACCGGAUUGAAGAACUCCUUUUUGGAGUUCUGAUGAUGACUGUUAUAAUGUUCCUCCUUCCAACCCUUUUAGUGUAUUACAUCCUUAUGGUGUAUCUCAUGUGAUUCGUGGUAGUUUUCCAAAGCAGUAUGAUAAUCACCAUUCAAAUAAUAACAAAAUUUCCUUUAUUUAUACUAAUGUGGAUGCUGAGGAACAAAAGAAGCUUUCCGAAAGGAUUAGAAUUACAUGAAAGCCCGGCUAAAGAUAUGAGUUUUGUUAUAAAGCCACUCUACCACUCACCUUUUAGUUGCUUUUCCAAGCUUGCUUCUACUCUGAUCAAGACUGUAAAGAAGUUACAGUGUCCUUCACCUGGAGUUCAAGGACAAAUUCCGAUCUCGUUCCUCACAGGAGAUCAUAUUUAUCCAAUACUCAAGGAUCUGCCGAAAGUGCAAGAUGAAAGUUCUUACAAGACUCCCUACAGUUCCCAAAAACUCUCAGCAUGCCUCCUCUAAUCCUAUCUAAAACCUCACAGGACCCC